AUGUCAGAGGUUCCACCAAAAAGGUUUCGUAUCCCAUCCAUCAAGCUCUAUGAUGAAAGCACCGACCCCUAUGAUCACGUAGAACUUUUCUACUCUCACAUACUAGUGCAAUCGGGGUCUAACGCGAUGUGGUGCCGGACAUUUUCGGCUACUUUGGGAGGUCAUGCCCGGACUUGGUACUCAUGUCUUCCCCAUCGUUCCAUCAACAGUUGGGAAGAGCUGAAAACUUGUUUCCUAGCCCAUUACGCUCCCUUGAAACGCCAUCGGAAGUUUUCCAUGGCUCUGGUAAACAUUAAACAAAAUCAGGGUGAAUCCCUAAGGGAUUUCGUGGCUAGGUUCAAUGAGGAGGCGUUGAGCAUUGACGAGUUCGAUCAGCGGAUCGCAAUGUCCUUAGCUAAAACUCCACCUUGUACUUUCAUAGAAGCCCUUACACGGGCUAACAAGUACAUCAAUGCUGAAGAGGUGAUGAAGGUGAAGCGGGCUGAACAGCCUGACAAGAAAGAAAGAGAGAAGGAGAAGAAAAAGCCGAUGGUGGAACAGAAGACGAACUACUACCCCUCCCGAGCUCUAGACCGCCCGGGUUUUGGGGGUGCAAGGGGAAGCCCAGUGAGUUACACUCCCCUCAAUACUAGUCGAGCAGAGAUACUCUUGGCACUGGAAGACAAGAAUUACUUGCGACGUCUUCCCCCAUUGAAGUCUCCACCUAACACUCAAAGCAAAAAGAAGUAUUGUCGCUUCCACUGCGACCACGACCACGAGACAGAGGACUGCAUCCAAUUGAAAGAAGAGAUAUAG